AUGAAAUUCCUCUCUAUCAAAAAUAUAUUUGAAUUUAAGGAUAAUCAUAUAGAUGGGGUCAGAAAUAACUUAUUAAAAAAUUCAGGUAAUCAAAAUUUAGAUUAUAAGAUCAACUUUAGGGGUUGGGACUGCCAGAUGUUUGUAUUGUAACUAAAUAGUAGCCAACUCACCUGAUGAAAUCUUCUUUUGAGACCUAAUCCUCAUUUCAUUUUGUUUAAGGGUUAUGUCCUUAAUCUUAAGCAGAUGUUUUUGCAUACCUUCAAACUAUUUUCUAAAAUUAGGAAAAAUAAGAGCAUUAAAGCUUGUUCUCUAAAAUUCAGAGCAUUUAAAAAGUAAAGAAGAUUAUCUAGAUAGUUAACAUACAUUUGUUAUGACAUUUUUAGCAGAACAUUUAUAGUGUGUGAAAUUCAAGUGUUUCCGGAAGGGCAACAUAAAUCAAAAUCAUUUGGUGUUUAAGAGAAUUAACAAUACAUAUUGCCAAGUAGGUAGCAUUGGCAAGGUGUUUAUAUAAGUAGUAUAUUAAGAGCAAUUGAUGAAGAAUUUAAGCUGGCAAGCGUUGGUAGAUUCUUUAAUAAUAUAAACUUAAAAAACAAUAAUAAGUUGUCUGAAGUGAUAUAAUUACUUUUAGAACUAAUAACAACAAAUAUUAGCCUUUUUUAGGACCUUGACAAAAUUAGUUCAAUUAAAGACUUUCCUGAUAUCAAAGAUGUUUUAUUUUAUUUAUGUUGGCCUUUAGAAAUAUUAGUAUAGUAUUUAGAAAAAUCUUAUUAAUUAUCAAUUUUAAUAAAAGAAUUAGAAAAUAUUGAAGAUAGUGUCAUAUUUUAUUUGAUUAAAAGUAUAUUGUUCUAUAAAUUGAAGUAAAUAAGAUAUUAAAUUUAGAAAUUAUGAAAAAUCACUAUCAUGUUUGGUUCAAAUAUCUUCUAUUUGUCCACAAUUAAAUUUAAUUAAAUAUAUAUUUGGAAAGGUUCUCAUUAAAUUGGGUAGAUAUAAAUAAGCAUUUUUAAUGUUAAAAGAUACUUUGAUAAAUUCCAAUGAAAAUUAAACAAUUUGGAUUACUUUGGUAAAUUAUAAGUUUAUAGUAGGCUUCGAUAUUUAGAAAGAAAAAUAAUUAUCAAAUUUGUCUAAGCCUUCUCAACAAAGCGGCAGGAUUAAGUGGAAAUAAAGCAAGAAAAAGUAAAUGGCGUGAGAUUCACAUAUAAAAUUAUCGGGUGUUGGCUCAAGAUAAUUCAAUAAAUAAUCUUACUGAUUUAGAUAAAGUUUAUGCAGUAAUUAAUCCUAUUUAAGUAAAUAAAAUUGAGAGUUUUUCUUAAUUGAGUAAUCAUCCUGUACUUGAAUAAUUGCUUUUGAGACAAAGAGCUUUCGAUAAAAAAGAUUUAAAAGUAUUGAAUUUUUUAAUAUAUUAGAAUUGGUAUCUUUAAGCCCAAAAAUAGAUAAUUAAUCAAGCCUAAAAAAUUGAAAAAUCAACAAUUGAUUUCAUUUCAUAAAAUUUAUUACUUGAAAAUAAAUAAGCACUCUCAUUAUUUUAAAAAGAAAUAAUUAGGCUUUCCAUUUAAGUGGGCCAAAAACAAUUACAAAAAUAUUUAUAACUAUAUUUCUAUAGCCCACCUCAUAGUUCCUAUUCUUUUUUUGAUAAUAAAAUAGAUAAAUAUUGCUUUGAAAUUAAAUUAAAAAAUAAGAAAUAAAAUAAUUUACAAAAAGUAAUAAUUAUAUUCAUAUAAUAAUAGAGAUAAUCUAUAAAUACAUCUUCAAUUACUUUAGGUGAUAUUGAUUCAGAUGAGGAAACAGAACCUGAAUUUUUAAAAUAAAAUUUAAAUAAAACAUAUGACUUUACUAAUACAUACUCAUAAUCCAACUUAUAAUCCCCAAAUUCAAAAUAGAAAAAAUCAAAUACUAAAAUUACACAAUAGCUCUUGCAAAAAUAAAUUAGCAAAACAUAUUAGGUUAUUUAAGAAAAUGCUUUCGAGAGUGUUGAAUCAGAAAGAGAUUGUGUUAAUUAAUGUAAAGAAUUUGGUAUUGAACUUUUGUAAAAAAGUAAAACUAUGGAAACAUUAAGUGAAUAAAGUUGUAGAAAAGAACUUAAAGUAUAAAUAUCUGGAUUGAUUGAUCAUCUUGAUUAAAAUACUCCUUAAGAUAAAUAAAAUGAAAUAGGAGAUCUAAUGAAAAGAAAAAAAGAUACUUUAAAUCCAAUACUUUAAGAAUUUGUUGAUAAAAUUUCUUUGACUUAAAAUAUUCUCGAUGAUUUAUUUUACAAUAACAAUCAAAAAACAAAAAGUUUUUAAUCCUCUUUAUAAUAAUCUUUUAAUUGUUCUGAAAAGUAAACACCAAAGCCAAAAAUACCAUAGAUAUUUAAAUCCUAAUUAAAAGAAUCUGUAAAGAAAAAAAAUUAUUUGUCUAAAAAAAUAGAUAUUAAAGAUAUUUAUAAUUUAUAUGGACUAUCAUUUUAAGAUAAUGAUGAGAAAUCAACAUAUUUUUAAUUUACUAAACAAGAAUCAAUAUUUCUCUAUAAAUGUAGUAAAAUUGCUGCAAAACUUAAAUAGUUUGAAUUAGCAUAAAAACUACUAGAAAAAAUAAAUACAAGAGUAAUUUCUGUUUAAAUUUCGUAUUCAUUAUUACAUAUAUAUAAGGAUGAUCAUCCUUAAUUAAUUUAAUUGUAAAUGAUUUAAAUAUAUAUAUAGAAUUUAAAAAACAAUGGUAGAUUUUAUAGAAUGCGGAAUCUCUAAAAUAGAAUCAAUGCCUUUAUGGGUUGAAAUACAUUUUAUUAGAUUAAUCAAAUUAAAAGGAUCUAAUUAUGUUUUAGGAUUACUAAGUCAAAUAGAAAAUUAAGAUGUUUUUAAAUUAAUGAAAAAAAUUGUUUUACAAACUGAAAACCUUCUUUGA